AUGAAUAAAGAUUUUUUUGAAUAUACAGUGCCAUGGAAUGUAAUGCCACCAAUGAACAUUGAAAAAGAAAUAAAAAAUCAAGUAUCAAAAAUAUCUUUAUCUGAUGCAAAAGAAAUAUCACUUGUCUUAAAAUGUACACCAGAAUCUUUUAAAAUGGAAAUUCAUAAAAAUAUUAAUUUGACAAAAAUAGAUAAUUUAAAAAAUGCUAAUGUUCAUGAGAUAGAAUCAAAAGAUCCAGUUGUAGUUAAAAAUGAAUUUUCUAAAAUUACUAGUAAAGUUGUUAGUGAAAAAAAGCCAAUAAGAUUAGACUUUAUACAAAAUUUGAAUGAUUCAAAAAAUAAAAAUAAUUUUAGUAAAUUAGGAAUUGAUAAAAGCUUUGAUAGUGAAAAUAUUGUUUCAAUAAAGAAUCAAAAUAUAGAAAAAAUGGAUAAUCAAGAGUUACCUAAUAUAAUAAAAAUACAUAGUGGUGAUAAUAAAGAUAUGCAAAAUAUUAAAAAUGAAAUGUCAUCUAAGAAAACUGAAACCAUUAAUUUAGCUUCAAACAAUUCAGAAUCUACUGAUGUUGGAACUGCAAAAGAAAUUAAAAGGAAAGCUGAAUUAAUGGAUGAAAAAAAAAUUGAAAUUGUUAAUAAAUGUGAGAAUAAUAAUGAUAUUAAAAAUAUUUGUUCGAAUAAUGAGGAACCGAUAAAUAUUGAUAAGACUCAAGAAAUAUCUAUUAAAGGUGAACUUGAAAAUGCAAAUUUAAUACAUGAAAUGAAAGAAGAGGAAAAAAAAGAUACAAUUGAAGAAACUGUAAAAAAAGAAUUAGAAGAUACUCUUUCCAAAAAACAAUCACAUGAGAAAUCAAAAGAAAUUUGUAAGCUUGAUAAUGAAGAACAUUUAUCUACAACAACUGAAUUAAAUGAAGAAAACAAACCUAUUAAAUGCAAAGAAAAUACAGAAUCUUCUAAACUUGAACAAAAACAAAUUUCAAAAUCACUGUUAGAUGAAGCAAAAAUACUUACUAAUUCUUUAGAGCCAAAAAAAGAAAACCCAAUUAUAAAACCGUGUCUUCAAGAAGAAAAUAAAAAUUCAUUUUUAUCUUCAAAAAAUAACGAUGAUGAAAAUGAAAUAAAAGAUUUUUCAAAUUCAAUUAUUCAGAAAGAAGUUAAAAACCCAGUUCAAAUUAUUAAUAAAGAAUACGAAGAACCCUCAAUAACUGUUGUUAUGGAAGCUAGCAAAGAUAAUGCUAUAAAAAAUAAUAAUAAAGAGAAUCAAGAGAUAGAUACUCAGCCAAAAGUUAGUCAAUACACAAAUAAUGACAAUAUUUUAACAUCUAAUGCCUUUGAAAUAAAAAAUUUAGAUGACAUAACUAAAAAUGAGUAUGAAAAAACUACAAAAGAAAAAAUUGAUCAUAUUGUUCAGAACAACGAAGAAAAUUUGCCAAAGAUUCUUGAAAAUAAAGUAGAAAUAAACAAUGAAAAAAUUUUGUCAAAAGAUAAAAAUGUUGUAACUACAAAAGAAUCUAAUCAAGAAGUAAUUAAAAUUCCAAAUAAAGUUUCAGACAGUAACGAUAAAAAUCAGUUAAGCAAUAGUUUAAAACAAGUAUGUGAAAAUGUAGAAGCUUUGGUUAAAGUUCAAGAUAUUCAGAAAGAUGAAAAAAUACCAGAGAUACCAGCAAUUAAAAAUAUCAAUAUUCCUAAUGAAUCAUUUGAGAAUACAACUAAAGAGCAAUUAGAUAAUGCUGUAAAUAGUUCUAUUGAAGAAAAAAAAGUAAUAAAUGAAAGAGUACUGAGACCAAAUAUCUAUGAGGAAGUAAAAGCUCCUAUGAAUGUUGUUACUAUGGAAAAAGAUAUUAAUAAAGUGAUUGCAAAUUCAAUAAUUCAUGAGGAAAAUCUUUUGAAAGAUAACAUUAUAUCUGAAGCUAAGAAUGUAGAAAAUUCUCUAAAACCAAUUAUACAGAAUGAAAAUAAGAACUCGAAAAAAACCUCUAAUAUGAAUAUUAAUAAUCAAAAUACAGAAAUUACAAACUCAAAAAUUGAAAAUGACGAUAAAGAAAAAAAUGAUUAUAAGUCACCUAAUUGCAAAGACACAAAAGAAUCAAAUAGUACAAUUUCUGACAUUCAAAAUAAAGAGGUAGUUGAAGAGACGAAGAAAUCACCGGUUAAAUUAAAACAAUUUCUUAAUAAAGCUAAAAUAAAAUCCAACCAAAUUAAUCCACUUCUUUCUGAUUCUAUUGGUAGUAUGAUAGAAGAUUUAGAUAACAAUUCUUCAAAAAAAUUGCCAACUGAAAUGCUAGUUCAAUCUGAUAGUAAUAUCUCUUCAGCUUCAGAUACUUUACAAUCAAUUGACAGUACUAGCGAUUUUAAGAUUAAAAAGAAAAGUCAAAAAAAAAGAAAAUACCAUUCUAGUGAUAACGGAAAAAAAUCCACAGGCUUCAAUUAUCCUUUCCUUAUUGGUAUUACAUCUAUCAUAAUCAUCGCUACAAUAAUAAUUCAUCGAAAAACAUAG